CUAUGGUUUUGGGUUUGGUGUAGAUUUGAGUGGAAACGAGUAUAGUAAUGUGAAUGCGAUGGUGGGUUUGUUAAUGGAAGAGAGUGGCAUGUCGUUUACCAAAUUGGUGGAGGAAAUUUAUAAGAAGUUAGUGAAAAUGAGUGGGGAUUGGACUGUUGCAGUAGUGAAAAAUGUUGUGUUGUUUGUUGGUCAAAGAGUAAUGUACGGUGUGCCUAAUGUUGAUGCUGAUAUUUUGGAGGACGAGACUCAUUCUUCUCUUUGGUGCUGGGAGACAAGAGAUUUCAAGCUAAUGCCGAAAUAUGUCCAUGGAGCAUUGAAAAUUAGGUGCACGUGUCGAAAAAAGAUUCAUGACAGGAUUGCUGUUGUUUCUGAAAUGAUAACUGCAUUACAAAAGCAAGAGACUAAUCAAAAUUACGAGAGUGAUUUAAUAAAAUUAUCAGAGAAGCUUGGUAAAGUUUUAACAGAGGCAGACAUUCGAUUGUUAAUUGAUGGCUUGUUACAGAAAAAUGGAGCAGAGAUAGCUGAUAAGGAAGCAAAACAAGAAGAGAAACUACUCGUCAAGCAAUUGAAGAAAAAUAAACGAGAAGAGGAAAAGGAGAAAAAAAGGAUGGACCUUGAACUUCAAAAGGAAAAGAGACAAACUGAAAAAGAGCAAAAGCGAUUGCAAGAGGAGGCAAAAAAGGAUGAACGGCGUCGUGAAAGGGAAGAGUCUGAAAUUAAAAGACAGUUGAAAAGGCAGCAAGAGGAAGUUGAGAAGGAACAGCGACAUAAAGAGAAGGAAGAAGCUGAGUUGAAAAGGCGAGUGGCUAUACAGAAGCAAGCUUCAAUGAUGGAACGCUUUCUAAAAAGAAGCAAAAGUAAUUCCCCAUGUCAGAAUGACCAGACUUUAACUAAAGCAACCACUUUUGAUUCAUCAAGCAAAGAGAGUAAAAGGAUUGCUGAGGCAAUUACUCAACUGAUGGACUGUGCUCUUUCAUUAAAUGAUAACAUUACAGCUGAUGACAUUCGCAAGUCAUACUUAUCUUCCUGGUGUCAUUUGGGUUUCUCUAUUCGUGCCAACAGAAAGCAGCAUUGGAGUAUCCGCAGGAAGCCUAAGACUGGACUGUUUAAGGAACUAAAGCUAACUGCUAUUAGGGACCCAACUCAUAAUGAUGAUUCAAGUGCAGAGAAGCUUGAUAGUGGAUGGGGACAUCAAUCUUCUGAUGACAGAUCGUGCGAUGAUGUUAGGAAGUGUAACUGGAGGAAGCAAUUGUUGCAAUUUGAUAAGAGCCAUAGACUUGCAUUUUAUGGCAUCUGGCCUAAGAAAAGUCAUGUUGUUGGACCAUGCCAUCCAUUCAGGAGGGAUCCAGACUUAGAUUAUAACGUUGACAGUGAUGAAGAAUGGGAAGAGGAGGAUCCUGGUGAAAGCCUCUCGAAUUAUGACAAGGAUGAUGGAGAAGAAAUCUUAGAGGAAGAAUAUUCAAAAGCUGAUGAAGAAGAAGAGAGUGAAGAUGGUUUUUUUGUACCUGAUGGGUAUCUCUUAGAAAAUGAGGGAGUACAGCUUGACAGAAUGGACACUGAUCUGUCAGUGGAGGAGGCCAGAAGCUCACCUUGUUGCAAGCAAGACUUACAGAGUGAGGAGUUUUGUACAUUGCUGAAACAGCAGAGAUAUUUGAACAAUUUCACCGAUAAUGCCCUUAGGAAAAAUCAUCCCUUGAUUAUGUUGAAUCUAAUGCAUGAGAAGGAUGCAUUCUUAGUGGCUGAUGAUCUUGGUGACAUUCCUAAAGUUGAAAAAAUGUGUUUGCAAGCACUUAGCAUCCGAGCAUUUCCUGGUGGACCGCAAAUAGAGAUAUCCUUGGAUGUGUCCCCUGAAAAUCAUGAUGCUUGCCUGUCAAAUUCCAAGCCCAGUGCUACACUUAUCCCAACUAUGAUAACUCUACAAGACUCAGAUAUGCCUUUAGUUGUGUUUGUUAUUCAGUCUUGCUCGCAAAGUAUGAAUAAAGUGGUUGAAUCACUGCAUCAGAAAUUCCCCCCUGUCUCAAAGUCGCAAUUAAGAAACAAAGUUCGUGAGAUGUCAAAUUUUAUGGAUAUUCGUUGGCAGGUUAGUGGCUUGUUGAAAUAUUGUAUCAUUCUCAUUUUACAGAUGAGGAUCUACCUGUUAAGGACACUAAUGAUGUUUUUAUGAUUGAUAAAAGCUUUUGAUUAUUGAAAUUAUUUACGCACGUCUUUUAACAGUCUGGACCUCGGUUCAAUGGUUCAAUAAAAAGAAAGACCUUAGUUCAGCAUUA